AUGUCAGGCAUGCAAAAGUUCAAACUUCUCAUUACACUGACUAGAAUUUCUUACUAUAACCGAUAUUUGGCAAGUCAGACAUGCAGGUCUUAUCACCAUCAGCAGGAGAAUUUAUUGUCGGAUAUAGAGGCAGCUCGAGUGUGGUUUUCAAAAUUUACGAAAACCUCAAUACCGACCAAACUAUCCAAGACUACCUUCUCUCGCGCUUCCGGCCCAGGCGGUCAAAAAACCAACAAAACGAGCUCUAAGGCGACCACAGUUUGGCCAUUAAGCUCUUUGUUUCCUUACUUACCGGCGGCACUACAUGUUGAUUUGAAGAAGAGCCGAUACUUUGUGCAUUCUACACAAUCAAUAUUAAUACAAUGCGAUACGCACCGCAACCAGACUAUGAAUGAAGAAGAGAACCAUAAUCGGCUUUUCCAAGAAAUUAAACAUAUCUAUCAGAAGAAAAUUCCUGGGGCUACUUCAGUUGAGCAAAAAGAAAAAGUAAAAAAACUGAAGAAUUAUGAAAAAGCAGCUAAAAUGCGAAUGAAAAAGAUGCACAGCGCAAAAAAAAGUUCUAGACGUGUAGGAGAAACCCACGACUGA